AUGGAGUUGUCUAAUGUAGUACAUAUUCUGCAAAUUUUGCUGAUGGGACUUGUGAUUGCUACACCUGGUAAGCCUUUUUGCCAAAGAACAUGUGGAAAUGUUACCAUACCUUACCCGUUUGGCACAGAAGAGGGCUGCUACAUGGACCGGUCCUACUACAUAGAAUGUAACUCGACAACACAAAUUCCCCGGUUACACCAGAGCUCCAGCUUGGUGUUUCCUUAUGGAGUACCGAUUAAUCUACAAGUUUUAGAGAUAAAAAUAGAGGGCCAGCUUAGAGUUAGUCUCCCAAUUGCGCAUACUUGCUUCAACAGUAGCGGGAAGAUAGUUUCUGGCGUUGUUGUAUUAGUUCAAAUGCCCAGGUUUCCCUUCUCAAGCACACUCAACUGGUUCACCGGAGUAGGCUGUGGCAUUCGAGCCCGUCUUGAGCUUGCAGUCCCAGCUAUGGACAUGAAUUGCCCAACAAAGUGUCCCGAUUUUCUAUAUUUCCAAAACGGGACAUGCUUAGGCCAUGGAUGCUGCCGAACCACCAUUCCUCAAGGCAUGACAUAUUCCUCAUAUUUUGCCAUUGCCUCAAUAGGCCACCAAUUGGGGUAUUUUAAGUGUGGUUAUGCUUUCAUUGUGGAGAAAGAUAAGUAUUACUUUGACAAAAUUGAUCUCCGCAAUAUGAGACGCAACUUGUCUUUCCCAGUGGUGCUUGACUGGUCUGUCGGGGUUACAAAUUGUGAAGAAGCUAGAAAGAACAACGUAAAUUACAUGUGCCAAGAAAAUAGUGUAUGCUAUGAUCACGGGGAAGGUGGUCUGAAUGGAUAUCGCUGCAAAUGCUAUGAUGGAUAUGAGGGAAACCCAUACAUGGUCAAUGGAUGUAAAGAUAUCAAUGAGUGUGCAUCUGCGAAACUCAAUGAUUGUAUGCGUGGACAUUGUGAGAACACGAAUGGGAGUUAUACUUGUGUUUGCCCAAAGGGUUACCAAGGUAAUGCCAAACUAGGUGGAAAGUGCAUGUCUAUCGAACAGAAAGAAAAUAGGUCAGUUAUUGAAGGUAUCAGUGAAGGUGUUGGAGGCGCAGCUGUAGCAAUGAUUUUUGCGUACUGGGGACUCAAGCAGAGGAAACUAAUAAAGGUUAGAAAGGACUUCUUCAAGCAAAAUGGUGGUAUCAUGUUACAGAAAACGUUAUUUACAUGUAAAGAUCCUGUCAACCAAGCAAAAAUUUUCACAGAAGCGGAGCUAAAGAAAGCAACAGACAACUUUAAUGACACCAACAUCAUUGGCCAAGGGGGUUAUGGAACUGUUUUUAAAGGAAUCUUAGCAAACAAGACAUUGAUUGCCAUCAAGAAGUCUAAAGUAAUUGACCAAAGCCAAAUCAAGCAGUUUGUAAAUGAGGUGAUCAUCCUAUCACAAAUCAAUCAUCAAAACAUUGUAAAACUCCUUGGAUGUUGCCUAGAGACACCUGUUCCAUUGCUUGUGUAUGAAUACAUAACCAAUAACACCUUAGGCUACCACAUACAUACACAUGCUAUGCUGACAUUUGGAAAACGGCUAAAGAUAGCUGCAGAAACUGCCGAAGCUCUUGCUUAUAUGCACUCAACCACCCAAAUUAUCCAUAGAGAUGUCAAGCCAUCAAAUAUACUAUUGAAUGAUGAGUUCACAGCCAAAGUUUCUGACUUUGGGAUUUCAAGAUUUGUCCCUCUUGGUGAAACUCAUCUAUCAACAAUUGUAAAAGGAACAAUAGGGUAUAUGGACCCUGAGUACUUUCGUACAUGCAAAUUAACUGAAAAGAGUGAUGUUUAUAGUUUUGGAGUUGUUCUCAUUGAGCUACUUACCAGAACAAAGAUUCAUUCUCUAGAGAUAUCGCUAAGGUUUUAUAAGGGUGCAGCAGCAUAUCUUGCAUCACUAAUGGAACGUGAUGUUUUGGUUCAAGUUCUUGAUGAUCAAUUACAGAGAGAAGAGUAUGCUGAGGUGGUGAAAUGUGUCGCUAAGAUUGCAAUUACCUGUCUUGACCUUGAAGGGAAAACAAGGCCUACGAUGAAAGAAGUAAAACAAGAGCUCGAGAAACUAAGAUGCGUUUUGUCAUCAAUCGAAGCUGAAAGCCUUUAG